AUAGUCGCAAAGAUUCGCAAUCCCGUGCACGUGGAUAUACAUCUUGAAGAAAGCGUAUCUGACAAAACUACAUCAUCCGUUAUGUUCUAUGCUAAGAAGGAUUUCUUCAUCGGUCCCAAAUGCGAGCUUCUUAAAGAAGAAUGCAUCAAAAAGAGCAAUGGAACGGAUCUUCACCGAUGUCCAUCGAUCUAUGACAACUUCAAUUUCUGCUUGUCGCUCGACAAUGUAAAAGCAACACUGGACCUGCCCUGUCCAUUUGACUCGAUUUUGGGAUUUACUGAUCAGAUAAGUGAGAAUCUGAAAGCAGUUAUGAUUACCAACGGGAACUGUCCGGGGAAGUACGAUCUGUGUCUGUUGAAUGCACUACGUCACGUGAUAAACGGUACUGAGAACACGCAAGGGUACGAAAUAACGGAGAAUUGGACCCUGCUUGAAUGGUCGCCAUAUAUUAGGAUAACAUCGCAAAUUGGAUGCGUCAUUUCGUUAACUACUCUUCUUAUUGCUAUAAUAGCCUUCUUUUCGCUUAGGAAACUCAAGAAUCCCAAAAUUAAACUGGACAUGCACCUAUUUGUGUCUCUUAUGAUGAAAACUUUCAUAAUCAUUUUAAAGGAUUGGAUUUUUAUUGAUAAACUUGGAAUGAAUUUGGACUUCAUCUUUGUCAACGAAUACGAUGCUGUUAUGCAGAAACGCAAUAAUUGGAUCUAUAAGGCUCUCGUGAGUUUGUGGCAAUAUUUCAAUGUGGCAAGCUACUUGUGGAUCUUGAUGGAGGUGUUGUAUCUAUCUAAUUGUAAACUAAUUUCCAAACCGCUAUAUGUCGACCCGAGUAAAAUAACUCGGUAUAUCAUAUUAGGCUGGGGUCUUCCCGUCUUGAUAGUAGUGACAUUGAUCAUAAUACAGGAAACUAUUGGAGACAUUUCCUGUUGGUCUACCCAGUGGCUAACCCCUUCAGCAUUCUAUGCCGUACAUAUACCACUCACCGUAGGAAUGUUGUAUAAUUUCCUGUUCUUAAUCUACAUCGUUCUGUUUGGAAAGGCAGUGAUGAGCAAUAAGGCAUGCGCAAAAGCAUCUAUGCUUAUACUACUGAUUCUUAGAAUACAGAAUAUUUGCCAUAUUGGAUAUUAUUUCUUUGAAGAUCUCAGUGUCGCACUCAUGUGGUUAUACUUUUGCAAAGAGCUAUUUGUGUCCUAUCAGGGUGUUCUCGUGUCUUUACUGUAUUGUCUGCUAAACAGCGAAGUCAUAGAGGAAAUGCGACAAGCAUGGAGGACUCAAUCAAAGAAGAAGGUCGAUUUAUUUAUUUAAUUCGUAUUUGUCCUUCGAGAAAUACCAAAAAAUUUAGAGAAUGGAAUCAACCGAAAGCAGUAUCGAUCGGAAUGUAAUGAUGGUACUUCACACCGUAAUGAAGAAGUUAUCAACGAAAGAUGUUAAGUAGAUUCUAUCAACUAUCUCGAUGCUGAAUAAAAUUGUAGGUAUUCCCAUAAUCUACUUAUAAAAAAUUUUUACUAGUAUAAGAAUAUUAAUGAAAAAGUCAUAUAGAUAACAAUCGAUUAUCUAUUCUUAAUAAAAGCAUAUUAAAUCGAUAUAUCAAUGUUCUCUUAAAAUUCUCGAAGUUUAUCGCUUAUUUUCUUUGUAAAAUGUCAAAUUAACUUUUUCAUUGUCAAUAGCUAUUACAUAAAUUCUCUUAAAAAAAUUAAAAUCUAUUUUGAUAAGUAUUUGUCACUUAAAUAUGCUUAAAAUUUUUAAUAAUGAGAAUAAUUUGUCGAGCUUU